AUGACGAAGGGCCAGAUGGGCUCGCUCCAGCAGCGCGCGAGCGCUGCCUUGGGCGUCAAGAAUGAGGCGCACGCUAUGCAAGAUGUCGAGUUGCGGAACGAGACGAACGUCCUUUUGGUCCCUCUCAUCGCCGGCCUCCAGCACAAGAGCGUUGUGAACCAGCUGUUGGCCCUAAUGUCCCUUUCGUACGCAGCUCUUUCGCUCGUGCUCAUCGUUCUUCUCUCCUACCCCGAUCGGCCGUGCGUGGACGAAGACGACCGGGACUGCGAGGCAACGCCCCGUUCCGUCUUCCACAACCUGGAGUUCUGGGGCACCUUCGCCUUCUCGGUGACGGAGAUCAUGAUCUCGCUCAACGUCGCCGGCGCCCUCGUCGCGUCGACCCUCGUCGCCAUCAACCUCGAGUUCUUCGAGUACCCCUCCCACCAGAUCGAGUACUCCCACGCCAUCCUCGCCGCCGGCGUCGACGUCAUCCUCCUGAUGUCGCUCGUGGAGGGCGAGGAGCAGCGCCAGAGCGACCGCAUCAUCGGCAUCCUGGGCAUCACCUUCUCGGGGCUGUGCAUGGUCGCCGCCAUUGUCCAGAUCAGCCUCUACAACGGGAUGGGCAUGGACGAGGACAACGUGCCGAUCGGAGAGACACCGGGGCACUUUGUGGAGUUUUCCUUCGACUUUGACAACGUCUUCCGCUGCGACCAAGAACAGCUCCGCCUCCUGACCACCAAGGACCGCGAGAUUCAGAUCAAGGUAGACCUCGGCGAGCUCGAGGAGUUCUCCAAGCGCCGCGACACGCUCUCAAACUCGAUCGUGGAGAAGCUGGUGGAGAAGUCGCGAAACGCUUGA